UGAAUUCCUUCUUUGCUUCCUUGAUCUGUUCUAGGUGGCAAGAGCCAUGCAAUUCUCCAGCUCAGCCAUGGCAGCAGAUGAGAACUUUGACUAUUUGUUCAAGAUUAUCCUCAUCGGGGAUUCCAACGUGGGGAAGACGUGUGUGGUGCGGCAUUUCACGUCCGGGGUCUACACCGAGGCGCAGCAGAACACCAUUGGGGUGGACUUCACUGUGCGUGCCCUGGAGAUCAACGGCAAGAAAGUGAAGAUGCAGGUGUGGGACACUGCAGGCCAGGAGCGCUUCCGGACCAUCACCCAAAGCUACUACCGCAGUGCCCACGCGGCCAUCAUUGCCUACGACCUCACCCGGCGGUCCACAUUCGAGUCUGUUCCUCACUGGAUUCACGAGAUAGAGAAAUACGGGGCGGCAAACUUGGUCAUCAUGCUGAUUGGGAACAAAUGUGACAUGUGGGAAAAACGGCAUGUUCUGUUUGAGGAUGCCUGCACACUGGCUGAGAAAUAUGGCCUCCUGGCUGUCUUGGAGACAUCUGCCAAGGAGUCCAAGAACAUCGACGAGGUCUUCGUGCUGAUGGCCAAGGAGUUGAUGGCCCGCCACAGCCUGCCCUUGUAUGGGGAGGGCACCCUGGGCAGCCUCCCCCUGGAUUCCAGUCCUGUCCUCACGGCCCCGGGGCCGAGGAAGCAGAGCCAGUGCACUUGUUGAG